AUGACAAACGUCCUAUUGUUUUGCACUUCUGAGGAGGCCAAACAGGUCACUCGCAAGGCCUUGAAUAUGAAAGAGGGGGACAGAGUCAACAUAUGUUCUACAUUCUAUCUUGUUGAAUCGCGUACUUGCCCGAAAAAUCGUGAAGAUUUCAGGCAAGAAAUACAAGACAAUAAUACGUUUGAAUCUGAGUUUAUUGGCGCUUCUGCACAGGACUGCCAGAAAUGGGCGCUGAACAAUCAGUACAGGGUCAACUUUGUUGAACAUGAUAUCAUCACGAUGGCAGAUUCAUGCAAUGCUACUGAUAAUACUCUUUCUAUCCAAUUUUAUAGCAGGCUUGAUCCUCCACUUGAGUUCGAGGGUUUUGGCGCUCUUCCACGAGAAGUUAAAACAUGGCAUGACUUUAGAGUUGAUUAUAAAGAUGCUCGUACUGUCUAUACUUCUUUAUAUUUUGGUCCAUUUGGUGCUGUCUACCCUGCUUAUUUUGGACGGAAAGAGGAAUUUACAGAUGAGCAUGGCAUUUUUGAUGUUGCUAAGGCUGAACGGGCUUUACUUAGUCAUGGCCCUGAUACCGUUCAGGAUUGA